CCACAACAUCCCGUCGCAUGAUGUCUGUAGUUCGAUCGAUGCCUUGGAUUCAGCGUUAGCUUAGCUGGAAAUCAGAAAUUCGCCUAUUUAUCGUCACUUAUAUCAAGUUAAUCCGUAGUUAAUACGAAGAAAUGUGAAGACGAAAAUUCACGAAAACAAACAAAACAACGGUUUCAGCUGGAUCUAUUUUAAGGGGACGUUAAAGCAUCAUGGUGGACAUUGCUGUGAAGAGUGGAGCUGCUUGGGUCCUUAAUGCUCAGGAACAUUGCUUGGCUGAUGUCCUGCUUCCUGUUCAACUCGGAAACAAAGAUGAUCAUGAAAAGGAGCUCAGUCAGUCAGAGGGAAACAAGACAAACUGGGGCGGCCCAGUGCUGUUGGAGCAGACAGAGGAUGGGUCUCCUUGUGUCUUGAUGCUCCACUGCAACCCCACCACCUCCAUAAGCUGCGUACUGGUCAUCAGCGAGGCUCGAAUCAUGGAGGUGUACAGCCAGAUGGGAGAAUACUGCGGGACAAUUCGCGGGGAGAGGGACGACAGCGUCCAGCCAGACAGCUCAGACAGAGGGCCUUUCUACAGGAAACAGCUGAUCCUUGAACAGCCGUCCUCAGCCUGUGAAGUAAAGCUGCUCUCCCUGGGCGGUAGAAGCAGUGUUUUGGUGUGUCGAGUCAUCGUGGGCCUUCAGCCGCUACAGCCCUGCGCAGCCCGCGGCCCCGGCAUCGACAUGCAGCACGUGCAGUGUCUAGUUGAGGAGAUGGGAACCAGCCUUUCACCGGGAGCCCAGAACCUCAUGGAAAUGGUGCACUUCCAGCAGAAGAACCAGACCAGCUCUCUGGGAGGCUUCCUUCCUCUCCUGAUGGGCGGUGGAGUUUUCUCUUCUCUUGUUCAAGGAGCCACAGCAGCAGUCAUCAGCAACCAGACCCAGCCUGCAGACUGCAGGCCUCCAGUCGGCUCCAUCAGGCCUGCUGAUGAAGCUCCACUGACUCAGAAUGGAGAGAUGUCAGAUUGCUCCUCCGCCUGCUCCCCAGACCUGCAGGUCUCUGGUGUCAACACCCAGAAUAUAAUGAGCAGUGGAUGCCCAGUGAGCCGCGACCAGCUGGCGGAGAUGAUGUCCCACUUCCUGAAUGGGCAGGGGCACGGCGAGGCGUUAUGCUCUGGCCCUGAGCUUCUGCCCGUUCUCCAGAGCCUCUGCGGUCAGGUGACCAAGCUGAGACUGGAUGACGCUGCAACGCUGGAAGAGAAGAGGAAGGUGAUGAGAAAUGGCACAUGGGAGUUGGACUCAGCCAUGGAGCGUCGUCUGGAGGAGAUGGAGAGGAGGCUCAAGGAGCAUGUCGACCGUCGCCUGGACGCUCUGGAGCUGAAGCUGGAGAAGGCCCUGCUGAGCGCUCUGCCGCAUGUCUCCCUCAGCCAGGGAGACGUAAGCUGCUCCGCGGAAGGAGCCACAUCGAGGACCAUCGGAGCAGGCAGCGCCGACACCAGCCAUGCUCUGAUUUCAGAACAGCUAAAAGACUAACAUAACAUGUAACCUGGAAGUCUUCAUGUCAGAGGGGAGGCAAAGCAGGACACUGACACUAACAGAGACACAACAACAACAAAGGGCUGAAAUGGGAAAUAUGGAUCAGAUAACACACAAUCUGCUAAAACUUAAGAUGGUGUGUCCAGCUGUCAAAGAUGCAGCCUCUGUAACGGUUUGUUUAUCUUUUAUCUCUGGGAAAAUAACAAAAGAAUGCGACACUAUUGGACAGCCACAGUGAAUGUCCAUGAUGUCUCAUCAGGGCCAAAAGAAAACAAGAAAUGUGUAACUUCAGAAAUCUCAUAUCCGUGUCACACAACAAUCAUGUCCUGUGGCUGCAAUGCAUUCUGGGAAAGUUUGACCUCAUAGAAAUCACCAACAAAAAAGCCAUCAAAAACCAAGCAGGUUUUUUAAAACGAUCAAAUGGAAAAUGAAGUAAAACUGAGCAAUACUGGCUCCUUCUCUUACCCUGGUUGUUGUUGGCAGGUUUUAGCGUAAUAAUAAUUUACAUGCAACACCAGCAGAACAUUUAUUUAUUCACAUUAAAUUUGCAUGCAAAUGCUCCAAUUUGUCCUCCCAUGAUCCUCCAGUCGUCCGCUAUAAAGCCGUUAUUCUUACCCGCACGAUGUACUGUAACUGCACUGAUCCACUGAUAAGUCUUUUGGUUAUUCAGGCCUUAACUGUCUGGUUCAGAACUGUUUGGUUGACAAAAGCUCAGAGUGAACACAUAUUCUCCUGUUACAGGAGUGUGUAUAUAGAAGGUGAAACUGAUUAACAAUGUGUUUUAAUGUGGCACCGUAAUGUUGAAACUGAAUGCUAAAAAUAAUGUACAUGUCUGUAACAUAAUGCUGCCAAUGUAAACUAUGUCUUAUAAAGACUGUUUUGACCUGUGAUGUUGAUGGUUUUAAUAACUGUGCUGAUGUAGCAAUAAAAAUAUAUUUAUACAAAUGAA